AUGUCGAAAUUGCCAAAGAGUGUCUCUACUGCCACAUCGCGCUUGGCGCAGGUGUCUCAACAGUUCUCGUCCCAAGCUCCGCUCAGACAACAGCAAGCAAGAAUGGCUCAUAAAGGUACUAUGCACAAGUUGAACACUGGAGCAAGCAUUCCGGCACUCGGAUUCGGAACUUGGCAAGAUAAAGAAGCACAAGAGCCAGCAGUAGUUGCUGCUCUUCAGGCUGGUGUGAGACACAUCGAUACAGCAGCUGUAUAUGGUACUGAGCCUGCUGUUGGCUCUGCGAUCAAGAAGUCUGGUGUUCCCCGUUCUGAGAUCUUCCUUGUCACCAAAAUAUGGAACAAUUCGCAUGCUCCUGAAGAUGUCGAGGCUGCUCUUGAUACGUCUCUUUCAAACCUUGGAACCGACUAUGUUGAUCUCUGGUACGUAUACAAGGGUACAGCUAGCACAAGUCAACAGCUACCAGAUGAUGUUUCAACUUCUGUCUCAGAAGAUCAAGAUCCAGACAUCACGCUGCCGAAUUCCUUCUCGAGCAACAUCGGAUGGUUGAUGCAUUGGCCGUCCGCCUUUGCCAGUGGUUCGUCGCUCUUCCCGAAAGACUCGAAUGGAAAGGUCAAGGCUGGAAGCUCGGAUUACGUCGAGACCUACAAGGCAAUGGAAAAGCUCUACAAGUCUGGCAAAGCAAGAGCUAUUGGCGUCUCGAAUUUCAGCAAGGCUGAGAUGGAAAGACUGAUUAAGGAGACCAGCGUCGUUCCAGCAGUUCAUCAACUUGAGCUCCAUCCUUACUUGCAACAGCACGAGUUUGCUGAAUGGCACAGGUCUCAGGGUAUCCACGUCACCCAAUACUCGCCUUUUGGCAACAGCAAUGAAGUUUACUCCAAAGGCCAGAACUUGAGCAAGCUGAUUGAAGAUCCAACUCUGGUCGAAGUGGGAAAGAAAUACGGCAAGUCUGGAGCGCAAGUAGCGUUGGCUUGGGGUAUUGCUCAUGGCCGCAGUGUCAUUCCCAAGAGUAAGACUCCUGCGAGAAUCCAACAGAAUGUCGAAGGAGACUUCGAACUAAAGUUGCGCUUCAACGAUCCAAGUGCAAACUUUGGAUGGAACUUCUACCAGGAUCUGGAUGGAAAGGAGGCUUAA